AUGGAUGUAUCCGAGUUGGAAGUGUACAAGCAGCAGCUCUCGCAGGUGAGCACGGCGCUGCAAAGCGAUGGUGCCAACCAAGAUCUUAUAGAUCUGCGCAACGAGCUGUCAAAUCUGAUUCGUCUUACGCAGUCGCACGCCUCCUGCUCCUCGAGCGCAGCACGCACGCAUCGAUGCGAGCCCCUGCCAUCGUCGUCCUGGUCUCACACUCACUCCAGCGACUCGGUCGAACAAAACUCAUCGCGGUCCAUGUUUCAAGUGGCUCACCACGUGUCAGCUCGAUACGCGCCAGACAACCACCGUGCUGCUGUUCUGCAUGACACCGAUUGCGCACCGUAUACAGCGUAUGGCCACCAACAAGUGUUGCAGGAAAACCACAUUCAUCCACCACCACUUGAGUCUAACAACAUCGACGCUCCUCCUCCUCCUCCUCCUCCUCCUCCAGUGCCGUUUUCAACCGAAGCAACGCGCGCACCACCACCUCCUCCUCCUUCUCUUGCUGCCAUAGACGAAAGAGCACAACGCAAACAUCGGAAUGAAAAGAAACUUGCUCGGCGAGAACACAAAUCUGCGGUUCAGCAGCAGAAAGCCAGCUCGUGGCUUAAAUUUGCCUCGCAAGCAUCCAAGAACAAGGCGCUGAAACCAAGCAUCUUCAGCACCAGCGACGAUCCGUACGCCAAAGUUGGCGUCAACAAGCGUGCCCACGCGCACGCGAAUCCACCAGACAAACAUGCUCCAGCUUAA